ACGAUUGUUUUAUAAAACGAGUUUUUAAUCGCCGGUAGCUAUUAUUAAAUUGUAAUAAAAAUGCAAAAGAAACGAGUCCGUGUAAAUAAUAUAUUGGAUAAAUUGCAUCGCGGUGUAGUUUAUACCUGUAUCGGUGUUACACUUUAUGGAACAUUUCUACUAGGAAUGCGUGUGCAUCGAUACCUUACUGUUGUACGGCCCCAAAGACAGGCGGAGCAACUGAAGAUGAUUGAAGAGGAAGGGCUUGAUAAAGCCAAAACCAUAACAACAUAGAAUUAUCUGUAAAUAAGUUUAUAAAAUGCUAAUAGUUGUAUUUGUUAAAUAAAUGUUGUAAAGAGUUAUUCCAAUCCCAAAAA